UCAUCAUCACAUACACAAAACACAAAGAUCGAUCGACAUGGCUUCCAAGUCACUCUUUCUUGUUGCCUUACUUGUCGGCUCUUUUGCUUUCACUUCAUUUGCCAGUGUCGCUAACAGGAAGCUAAAGAGUGGUCUCGAGGACCAAAAGACUUUCUUCCACCAUCCAGGAGGUGGUCUUGGUGGAGGAGGCGGUCUUGGUGGAGGAGGCGGCCUUGGUGGAGGAGGCGGUCUUGGUGGAGGUGGCGGCCUUGGUGGAGGAGGCGGUCUUGGCGGAGGAGCUGGAGGCGGUGGCGGUUUAGGAGGAGGAGCUGGUGGUGGAGCUGGAGGAGGAUUUGGUGGAGGAGCUGGAGGCGGUGGUGGUCUUGGUGGGGGUGGUGGUGCCGGUGGAGGAUUUGGCGGUGGUGCUGGUGGUGGUUCAGGCGGUGGUGUAGGUGGAGGGUUUGGAGGAGGAGCUGGUGCUGGGGGUGGACUCGGAGGAGGAGGUGGAGCUGGUGGUGGUGGUGGGUUUGGAGGAGGAGGCGGAAGUGGUAUCGGUGGUGGAUUCGGUGGUGGAGCCGGUGCUGGAGGUGGUUUCGGUGGUGGACAUCAUUGAUGAGAGCUAUAAGAUCUUGACGUUAAAAGCAUGGAAUGCAAUGCAUGGCAAUGGUGUUAACUUACCAAAGUCUUAUGAAAAAUAUUAAUAUAUUAUUCAUCUAAAG